UAGGCCUUAGGGUUCAACUUAGAGCAUCCCAGUCUCAUAUAAGAAGCUCAUCUUCUUCCUCUUCUCCCUCUCGAAACGGCGAGUUCUCUGCACUUUACUCUUCAAGGCCGGUAGGAGGGGUUUGAGUUUGACAUCUAGCUGAAGAAAAAUGUCAGGAGAGGAUGUUGUUGUUGCUGCUGCGGAGACACCUGCCCCAGCCAUCGGGGAGCCAAUGGACUUGAUGACUGCUUUGCAAUUGGUGUUGAAGAAGUCUAAGGCUCAUGGAGGCCUUGCUCGUGGACUUCAUGAAGGCGCUAAGGUGAUUGAGAAGCAUGGAGCACAACUUUGUGUUCUGGCAGAGGAUUGUGACCAACCAGAUUACGUCAAACUGGUGAAAGCCCUCUGUGCUGAUCACAACGUCAAUUUGGUUACAGUGCCCAGUGCUAAAACUCUUGGCGAGUGGGCUGGUUUGUGCAAGAUUGAUUCUGAAGGGAAGGCAAGGAAGGUUGUUGGUUGCUCCUGUGUUGUUGUGAAGGAUUUCGGAGAAGAGCAUGAAGGCUAUCAUAUAGUUCAGGAUUACGUUAAGACCCGUUAGAUAGCUGAUGGAUGAAGGUCUCUUGCACACAAAACUGCCUUCUUUGCAUUUGAGAAAUGAAUGAUAUGUUGAAGACAUUGUCUUGAACUGUGUUUUUGGUUAUGUUAGUUUGAAGUAGAUUGAGCUUAAUAGACAAAUUGUGAGGAUUUUCACUUGAUGGCCUGUCCAUCAUAUUUAUUUUUGGGCACAAAUCUCAUCCGAACUUGACAAUUUAAUCUGAUUGCUUUAUUUAUUUGGUCUUGAUA